GGAGGCGAAUAGACAGAAGCGGACAGCCUCACAGACGAUAUAAAAUCUCAUGAAAGGAAUAACGAAAUAAUCCGUCUCACUGCGAGCUCGAAGGGCCAUUUCCGAGUGUUGGAUAAACAAACACUAGAGAGAGCUUGAGGACAAUCCUUUCUUCCACCAUUAAUGGCUUCCACUUCUUUCAUCAAUUCCUUGGUUUCCCCUCUCUCUUCCUCCGUCUCCAAUUCCAAACCAUCUCUCUUCCUCUUCAAUUCUUCGCCCAAUUCUCUAAGAAUCCUUCCAUCUCUUCACCCGAGUAAGAGCAAUUUGCAUGGCACACUCUCUGUUACUUGCAAGGCGGUUUCAGUUAAGCCUCAAACUGAGAUUGAAGAUCUUAACAUCGCUUCAGAUGUAACUCAGCUGGUAGGUAAGACUCCCAUGGUCUACCUGAACAAUAUCGUCAAGGGGUGUGUUGCAAAUGUUGCUGCUAAACUUGAAAUGAUGGAACCAUGUUGUAGUGUCAAGGACAGGAUUGGAUAUAGUAUGAUUACUGAUGCUGAGCAGAAAGGGCUUAUUUCACCAGGAAAGAGUGUUUUGGUUGAACCUACCAGUGGAAACACAGGAAUUGGUCUUGCAUUUAUUGCUGCUUCAAAGGGAUACAAAUUAAUAUUGGCAAUGCCAGCUUCGAUGAGUUUGGAGAGGAGAGUUCUUUUAAAAGCAUUUGGAGCCAAAGUUGUAUUAACAAAUCCAGCAAAAGGCAUGAAGGGAGCAGUUGAGAAAGCUGAAGAGAUCCUGAAAAACACACCUAAUGCUUAUAUGCUUCAUCAAUUUGACAAUCCUGCUAACCCUAAGGUACACUAUGAGACAACCGGUCCAGAGAUAUGGGAAGAUACUAAAGGCAAGUUGGAUAUUUUAGUUGCAGGAAUUGGAACAGGUGGCACAAUUUCUGGUGUUGGCCGGUUCUUGAAAGAGAAAAAUCCAAAUAUUAAGGUUAUUGGUAUUGAACCUACUGCAAGUAACGUCAUUAAUGGAGGAAAGCCUGGACCUCAUAAAAUUCAAGGAAUUGGAGCUGGUUUUAUACCCAAUAAUUUGGAUGAAAGUGUAGUUGAUGAAGUCAUCGAGAUAACCGAUGAAGAAGCUGUUGAGACGGCAAAACAAUUGGCAAUGCAGGAAGGCUUACUGGUGGGUAUUUCCUCUGGAGCAACAGCAGCUGCCGCAUUGAAAGUGGCAAAAAGACCUGAGAAUGCUGGAAAACUUGUUGCGGUUGUAUUUGCGAGCUUUGGCGAACGAUACCUAUCCUCCGUCCUUUUCCAUUCAAUCCGAGAAGAAUGUGAAAACAUGCAACAUGAGCCAUGAAGUACCAUUUUAAUUAGACCUUUAAUUCAUCACACCAAUGCAGGAAGGAAUAUAAGUGGAAUGGGAGACCACCGAAGCUGGGCCAAGUGAUAGGUUAUUGUUGGUUGGCUUUGUUUAUUUGGGGUUAAGACCCAUAGUUAUUUGGUGUUUUAAAAGGUAGGCUUUAUGUUGGUGCAAUUUGAAUAAUGUGUUAUUUUUGUUGGAGAGAAGAAUAUCCCCUCUCACAUUGACUGCAGUCUAUGCGACGUUUGGAUUUUGUAAGUCGAACACUUGCAAAUUUCUUCUCAAUAAUUUAGUAACAAUAAUAAGGCUUUCAGUGGUCA